ACCGCCAGCGUCCCACAAUCCUCUGCUCUCGGGUCCUCUUUCCUCGCUCAAGAUGGCGCUGCUCGCGAUACCUUCUUGGGGCUGGGCAGCUGCGGCGGCUGCUUUCGAAAAGCGUCGCCACGCCGUGAUACAGAUCCGGCCCCUAGUCUCUGUCUGGGGCCCAGGUCCGCAAUGGAGGUCACGUCAGCUCGGCGGCUCGGGAACUGCUGGAAUCUCCCAGAUCUCAGAGUCAUUAAGACAUACCACAUGGCAGAGACUAGGAAAAGGCAAUUCAAGACAGUUAUUAGAUGCUACAAGGGUUCUUCAGGUAUGGCCACUGAUAGAAAAGAGGACAUGUUGGCAUGGUCACGCAGGAGGAGGACUCCACACAGACCCGAAAGAAGGGUUAAAAGAUGUUGAUACUCAGAAAAUCAUAAAAGCAAUGCUCUCUUAUGUGUGGCCCAGAGACAGGCCAGAUCUACGAGCUAGGGUUGCCAUUUCCUUGGGAUUUUUGGGUGGAGCAAAGGCUAUGAAUAUUGUGGUUCCCUUCAUGUUUAAAUAUGCUGUAGACAGCCUCAACCAGAUGUCGGGAAACAUGCUGAACCUGAGUGAUGCACCAAAUACAGUUGCAACCAUGGCAACGGCAGUUCUCAUUGGCUAUGGUGUAUCAAGAGCUGGAGCUGCCUUUUUUAAUGAAGUUCGAAAUGCAGUAUUUGGCAAGGUAGCACAAAAUUCAAUCCGAAGAAUAGCCAAAAAUGUCUUUCUCCAUCUUCACAACCUGGAUCUCGCUUUCCACCUGAACAGACAGACAGGAGCUUUGUCAAAGGCUAUUGACAGAGGGACAAGGGGUAUCAGUUUUGUCCUGAGUGCUUUAGUGUUUAAUCUUCUUCCCAUCAUGUUUGAGGUGACCCUUGUCAGUGGUGUUUUGUAUUAUAGAUGUGGUGCCCAGUUUGCACUGGUGACCCUUGGGACACUUGGUGCAUACACAGCAUUCACAGUUGCUGUCACACGGUGGAGAACUAGAUUUAGAAUAGAGAUGAACAAAGCAGAUAAUGAUGCAGGUAACGCUGCCAUAGACUCGCUGCUGAAUUAUGAAACUGUGAAGUAUUUUAAUAAUGAAAAUUAUGAAGCACAAAGAUAUGAUGGAUUUUUGAAGACAUAUGAGACUGCUUCAUUGAAAAGUACCUCUACUCUGGCUAUGCUGAACUUUGGUCAAAGUGCUAUUUUCAGUGUUGGUUUAACAGCCAUAAUGGUGCUCGCCAGUCAGGGAAUUGUGGCAGGUACCCUUACUGUUGGAGAUUUAGUAAUGGUGAAUGGACUGCUUUUUCAGCUUUCAUUGCCCCUUAACUUUCUGGGAACUGUAUACAGAGAAACUAGACAAGCACUUAUAGAUAUGAACACCUUGUUUACUCUACUCAAGGUAGACACCCGAAUUAAAGACAAAGCGAUGGCAUCUCCCCUUCAGAUCACACCACAGACAGCUACGGUGGCCUUUGAUAAUGUGCAUUUUGAAUACAUUGAAGGACAGAAAGUCCUUAGUGGAAUAUCUUUUGAAGUUCCUGCAGGAAAGAAAGUGGCCAUUGUAGGAGGUAGUGGGUCAGGGAAAAGCACAAUAGUGAGGCUGUUGUUUCGCUUCUAUGAGCCUCAAAAGGGUAACAUUUACCUUGCUGGUCAAAAUAUACAAGAUGUGAGCCUGGAAAGCCUUCGGAGGGCAGUGGGAGUGGUACCUCAGGAUGCUGUCCUCUUCCAUAAUACCAUUUACUACAACCUCUUAUAUGGAAACAUCAAUGCUUCACCAGAGGAAGUGUAUGCAGUGGCAAAAUUAGCUGGACUACAUGAUGCAAUUCUUCGAAUGCCACAUGGAUAUGAUACCCAAGUAGGGGAACGAGGACUCAAGCUUUCAGGAGGAGAAAAGCAAAGAGUAGCAAUUGCAAGAGCCAUUUUGAAGGACCCCCCAGUCAUUCUCUAUGAUGAAGCUACUUCAUCAUUAGAUUCAAUUACUGAAGAGACUAUUCUUGGUGCCAUGAGGGAUGCGGUCAAACACAGAACUUCUGUUUUCAUUGCACACAGAUUGUCAACAGUUGUUGAUGCAGAUGAGAUCAUUGUCUUGGACCAGGGUAAGGUGGCUGAACGUGGUACCCACCAUGGUUUGCUUGCUAACCCAGGCAGUAUCUAUUCAGAAAUGUGGCAUACACAGAGCAGCCAUGUGCAGAACCAUGGUAAUCCCAAAUGGGAUGCAAAGAAAGAAAAUGUGUCCAAAGAGGAAGAAAGGAUGAAACUACAAGAAGAAAUUGUCAACAGUGUGAAAGGCUGUGGAAACUGUUCCUGCUAAGUCACAUGAAACCUUUUCUUUUCUUUUCUUCUCUUUUUUCUUUUUUCUUCUCUUUUCUUUUCUUUUUUCUCCCUCCCUCCCUCCCUCCCUCCCUUCCUUUCUCUCCUCUUUCUUCCUUCCUCCCUUCUUCCUUUCUUUUUUUCCCUUGACUACACAUUUGCACUAAAGCAGAAUUGUUUUAUUAAAAAAAAUCAUACAUUCCCA